AUGGGCCUGGUAUCGGAGACUGACAUGCACAUUGUUACUAUGUGGAUAUGCAGAGGAUUUUGGUGUCGACCCGGGUUUAUUACUGAUAAGGAAAAUUUGUUCAAUCGAAUACAUAUGCAUGUAGAAAGGCAUGGGCUGCAUACAAAGUAUACUUACUUCGGAGCUAGAAGAGCCGAGUUUCCUCCUCAUGAAGAGGAUAGGGGAGCAUACUCGGUCAAUUUCCUCGUCGCAGGAGCAAUUAAAUCGUGGAUGGCUCCAGCUGUAAAGUCAAAUUUACUAUUCCACAACAUUGUGAGAGAGGCGAACCCCGUCGAAGCAGUAUGCCCUAAUUAUCUUGCGCACAAACGGGUAAUCAUCCCGAUAAAAUAUUUACUUCAGAUGGAAAUCCCAAUAUGUGAGCUGGUUUUGAUUGGGAAGAACGGGUACAUAAAAAAUUAUUGGCGUGCGCCAGAGGAAGAUGCUCAGCACGUUUGA